AUGGCCGACGAGCGCGACGUGUACCGCGCCACCACCGAUGAUCGAGACGCUCCUCUCCGCGACGAAGACCCCGGCCGCGCGAAACCGCCCAAGUCCCCGCCGCCCCAACCCUACCACACCGCCACCGCUCUAUUGUCCCUCGAAAGCCGCCUCGAGGAAUCCGAAGCCCGUCGUAUCGACUCCGAGGAACGUGUUCAGCAAUUGGAGAAGUUGGUGGAGGGUUUAUUGAAAAGCUCACCUGAACCAGCUGCGGCGCGGGCCGGAGUCUCUGAACCAGCUGUGGCGCGGGCUGGGGAGUUUACGUUUACGCCGGUGAGAUCGGUCCCCUUGGACAUUCCCCCACACACCAUUCUGGAACGUUCAGGCAAUACCGCUGACCCCCUUGUUUGUGUUGAAUUUCAUUCUACUACAAGCGUUCGAACACUUCAACCUUGGGCCGCCGUUGUCAGGUCCGCCCAUUUUCGCCUCGGCGCCUUUGCCUUCGCAGCCAAGCCGUCGCCCUCCUGCCUCGCGCCGGCCUGCUCAACUCACGCCCGCGCGCCGCCGCCUCCACGCCGGGACUCUGGCCGUCUGCCCUCCAGUCUUGCUGAGCCAAUGCCUCCACUUAGUCACCAGCAGCUUGCCGCCGCCGUCCUCAUGUUCCAUCGGCCAUCAAGAGUAUCGCCCAUGCAUGACGCCCGCCGUUCGCAACCUGAGUCUCGUCGCUAUGGACUCCCUCGCUCACCAACACUCGACAUCGUAGAUAGGUUUCCCCUCGUGGCCGUUGUCCAACACGACCCCUCUCAGCACCCGAAUGACCCACUUGGAGUUUGCCCUUGA